CCUUUGCAAGGAGCCCGCGAGGGAGGUUGGCGCGCGCUAAAUGGGAGAAGCACUGGUUUGAGAAAAGCAUGGGUCGCAAGUACACACUGGGACCCUGCCAUUAAUGGAGGGGAAAAGCGGGGAGACGCCAGCAGAUUCCAUCCUGUAAGCUGGUAGGAAGCCUGAAGGCUUGAUGGGAUUCCAGUGUGAUAGGAGGCAAGGACAUGCUUCAGGCAAGCAGAGUGCUGGUGGCAUCCCGUAAUUUUGCAAAUGAUGCUACAUUUGAAAUUAAGAAAUGUGAUCUUCACCGGCUGGAAGAGGGCCCUCCUGUCACUACGGUGCUCACCAGGGAGGAUGGGCUCAAAUACUACAGAAUGAUGCAGACUGUUCGUCGAAUGGAGUUAAAAGCAGAUCAGCUAUAUAAACAGAAAAUUAUUCGUGGUUUCUGUCACCUGUGUGAUGGUCAGGAAGCUUGUUGUGUGGGCCUGGAGGCCGGCAUAAACCCCACAGACCAUCUGAUCACAGCGUAUCGGGCUCAUGGCUUUACGUUUACUCGUGGGCUUUCUGUCCGAGCAAUUCUCGCAGAGCUUACAGGACGAAGAGGAGGUUGUGCUAAAGGAAAAGGAGGAUCAAUGCAUAUGUACGCCAAGAACUUCUACGGGGGCAAUGGCAUCGUGGGAGCUCAGGUGCCCCUGGGAGCUGGGAUUGCUCUGGCCUGUAAGUAUAACGGAAAAGAUGAAAUCUGUUUGACUUUGUAUGGUGAUGGCGCUGCUAAUCAGGGUCAGAUAUUCGAAGCUUACAAUAUGGCAGCUUUGUGGAAAUUGCCUUGUAUUUUCAUCUGUGAGAAUAACCGCUAUGGGAUGGGAACAUCUGUGGAGAGAGCAGCAGCCAGCACUGAUUACUACAAGAGAGGCGACUUCAUUCCUGGGCUGAGGGUAGAUGGAAUGGAUAUCCUGUGUGUCCGGGAGGCCACAAGAUUCGCAGCUGCCUAUUGUAGAUCUGGAAAGGGGCCCAUACUGAUGGAGCUGCAGACUUACCGUUACCAUGGACACAGCAUGAGUGAUCCUGGAGUCAGUUACCGUACACGAGAAGAAAUUCAGGAAGUUAGAAGUAAGAGUGACCCUAUCAUGCUUCUCAAGGAUAGGAUGGUGAACAGCAAUCUUGCCAGUGUUGAAGAACUAAAGGAAAUUGAUGUUGAAGUGAGGAAAGAAAUUGAGGAUGCUGCCCAGUUUGCUACAGCUGAUCCUGAACCACCUUUGGAAGAACUCGGCUAUCACAUCUACUGCAGUGAUCUGCCUUUUGAAGUCCGGGGUGCAAACCAGUGGAUCAAGUAUAAGUCCAUCAGCUAAUGCGAGAUGGUUACACCUUCAGUGGGCUAUUCAGCAGCAACUGUAAGGAAUGCUUUGGGUUCUCAACUGUGUUAAGGAGGAAGAAAACCCAUAGAAAGAAAGUGUAGAUGUAGAUAGAUAGAUAGUGUAAUUGCAUGUGGUUUGUACAGUGUUGCAUUAAAAGAUAUAAUGUGUUUUAAUGUUACAGCUUAAGGAUAGUAUGGAUCUUAUAAAGGUUAUUUAGUUAUGUAGGUUGAAAAUAGGUAAUAAGAGUUUGCUUAACCCUCCUUCAAAUUACUUCUUUAAAAUAGUUCUAUUUGGUUUAGUUGUAUUACUAGUUUAACAAAUACUUUCUUAGUUACUAAAAGGAAAACAAUUCCUUAUAUGCCUGUCCAACUCUGCCACCUUUUUGUGGGGCGAGAUCAUGGUCCUGUCCCUCCCAGUGCCCAGCAGCUUACCUGGUGUGCACACACGCCCCCAUUCGUGUGCAUGUCGGUGCUGAAGCCUGUUCACACUGAACCAUCAUUUCUCUCCUUAAUAAAACACAAUAUUUAUUAUAACCAGGCAGGGGUGGAGGGACAAUUCGAUUUUUAAAUAAGACGACUUCAUUUUAAAGCCAAAUAACUUAGUUUUCUCCAUUUAUACAUGCAGUAUAAAUGUGAAGCUAUUUUCUUAAUAGUUUUCUAUUUACAUUCAUAUCAAACACUAAAUACAAGGCAUAUUCUUGUCAAUUUUAUCUUUUUUAAAAAAAUUAGUUUCUGCGUUAUAACAAAGUGAAUCAGUCAUACGUAUACAUCUGUUCCCCCAUCCUUUCCUUCUUGCGUCUCCCUCCCUCCCACCCUCCAGGCGGUCACAAAGCACCGAGCUGAUCUCCCUGUGCUCUGCGGCUGCUUCCCACUAUCUAUCUACCUUACGUUUGGUAGUGUAUAUAUGUCCAUGCCUCUCUCUCGCUUUGUCACAGCUUACCCUUCCCCCCUCCCCAUAUCCUCAAGUCGGUCUGUGUCUUUAUUCCCGUUUUACCCCUAGGUUCUUCAUGACAUUUUUUUCCUUCAAUUCCAUAUAUAUGUGUUAGCAUAUGGUAUUUGUUUUUCUCUUUCUGAGUUACUUCACCCUGUAUGACGGACUCUAGGUCUAUCCACCUCAUUACAAAUAGCUCAGUUUCGUUUCUUUUUAUGGCUGAGUAAUACUCCAUUGUAUAUAUGUGCCACAUCUUCUUUAUCCAUUCAUCCGAUGAUGGACACUUAGGUUGUUUCCAUCUCUGCGCUAUUGUGAAUGGAGCUGCAGUGAGCAUUUUGGUACAUGUCUCUUUUUGAAUUAUGGUUUUCUCAGCAAUUUUAUCUUUCUUGAAUUUUAAGUGCAAUUCCAGUUAAUAGUAAUGUAUGGAAUGUAUAAUCUAAAACAGUGAUUCCCAGCCUUUUUGUUACUUUCAACACCUGUUGUUUCACCUUUCCAUAAAUUAAAAUUCAUUUUUAAGGGCUUCCCUGGUGGUGCUAUGGUUGAGAGUCCGCCUGCCGAUGCAGGGGACACGGGUUCAUGCCCCAGUCCAGGAAGAUCCCACAUGCCGCGGAGCGGCUGGGCCUCUGAGCCAUGGCCACGGAGCCUGUGCUCCGCAACGGGAGAGGCCUGCGUACCGCCCAAAAAAAAAAAAAAAAUUCAUUUUUAAGGAUUCCCUAAUACUCUGGGAUGUCAAGACCAGGUUUUACAAUCAGUUUUCACAAUACAUACAAGUUCUACUCACCUUGAAAACAUGUUGGUAAAUAAAAGGUUAAAAUUUUUUCCAUAAUUCUUCAGAACUUCAGUUUCUUAAAUUGUUCAUUGAACGAGUGGUGUUUUCCUUGUGUAAGUGCAGCAGAAUUCGUGUGUAUGUUGUCUGCUCUUUGCUCCCUCCGUCCCCUGGCUUAGCUGAUUGAUUAAGCCUCAUCUUGGGUUGCCGGGGCCCCCUGAGCCUGUCUUCUGUACUGGGAGUCUGCAGUCCAGAGCCUGCAGAGGAGACCAGCACUACGAAACAAACAGGAGUCUUCUUUAGAGAGUCGUAAGAGAAGACAACUUCAAAGCAACACGGCAGAAUACUUCUUUAGGAGCCCUUAUGGCAAAAGCUAUAGUAUAUCCUUCCAGACUUGGCUAGUCUUAAAAAUGCAGUCCCUAACUUGAAAACUUGACUAAAAUAGGAAUAUGUUGCCUUAGUAGGAGCGGGGCAUGGCCUGAGAGGGACUGUACAGGAAUGCUGCUGCAUCUGUGCAGAGCAGGCUAUUUAAGAUGACGUGGGGAUGAGAAGGCAGGGUGCAAGUUAAAGAAAGAAGGGUUUGGGUGUAGCCCACUGGCAUCUCGUCUCUCUCUUCACUCCACUCCCAGCCAGGCCCGUCUCUUGACUUUUUCUACUGGGCCUUUAGCUUCUGCCCCCUCUCAGCUUUUCCCCAACUUUAACCUUGAAAAACUCCGGAGUUUGGAGUGAGGUUGGUAGUUUUUUUUCUGACUGAGCCAUAGAAAAGGGAGUUAACGCUAAUGAAGGGGGGAAAGUUACCAGCACUUUGUUUUCUACUGCUUUACUUAAAAGCCUAAUUACACCAAAAAAGUCAUUUUCUGUUCCAGAAAGUGUUUUGAGGCUAUUCUUACCGUAGUCUGAGGUACCUUAGGUCUUCCUUAGUGAUAUCAUUAAGAAUAUCAGAAAGUGUAUAACCUUCCUCAAGAAUCUGAAACAAAGAUCAAAUACAUUUAGAGCUAAGCAGCUCUGUAAUGAUAGCACAGGAAUGGUUUGUUGGGUUGUAAGUUUACCUUUUCAAUUGUUUUCGUAUCUGCUCCUUGCAGUUGCAACCAACCAGUCGACAAGCUCUUUAUCUGUUCUCUGCCCAUAAGACUGAGGAGGGGACGCUGAGUUCUCUGUAUUCUCUGUAAUGAUUAGAAAUUUAUGUUGUAUACUGAUGUGUAAUAGCAAAACUCUUCAAGUAACAAGUUGGAUGAAAUAAAGUAUUCCAGAAGGUGAUGUGAAAGGGAAA